AUGUUCGCGAACUCAGAUGGGUUCGUUCGUUACGAAGAGUGUGAUCGACGUGUGCGCGUCGCCGCCGGAGAAACCUUCCCUAUCGUAGGGUAUGGCGACGUGACGGUAACCCUUAGCUCGCGCGACGGUACAACCGACCUGUUGUUGAAACGGGUUGCACACGUCCCCCGACUAGACUACAACCUAGUAUCUCUCACUUCCCUCUUCGACGACGGGUUCGAAACCAAAACCCUCAAAAAACACGACUUGGAAUUGGAGAGAGUGGGGGGGGAGUCGGUGCACUUCCCCCGAUGCGGUAACCUGUACGUCCGAAACGGUUCCCGCACACACAACGAACAUGCAUCUCCCACAAUUGCUCCUGGCAACGCGAAAGCGCCCAGCACCCCCGUUGACAUCAACGAUUUCCACUGCGCGCACGGCCACUCCCACGAGGUGCUGCUGAGGACCACGGCGAAGCAGCAGGGGACGAUGCUGGUGGGCGAGCUCCUGGAGUGCCUGGGGUGCUCGACGGCGAAGGGACUUUCCACGCCCAUCCCUAACAAAACGUCAACCCGAGCAGCUAAACUGCAGCGAGUUUUCGUGGAUUUGAGUGGAAAAACUAGGGCGCAGAGCUUGGGGGGAAAGUGGUACACCCUCAUUGUCAAGGAUGAUUUCACAAGGUGGAAUCGUGUAUAUUUCCUGAAGCACAAAUCAGACGCAGCUGAGGCAUUCGAGAGGUACCUUGCAGAAAACCGGGCAGACGGUGCCCCGUCCGAUGUCAUGGUCGUGAGAUCUGACAACGGAGGAGAGUUUUUCUACGGAGAGUUCGGCAGGGUGUGCCGGAAGUACUGCAUCAAGCAAGAGUUCUCCCCUGCACACAGCCCAGAAUACAACGGUGUAGCUGAUAGAGCACUGGAUCUGAUCAAAGAUGCAGCACUAGCCGCCCGUAUCCAAGCGUCAACUUUCCCCCCGGAGCCCCGAACUACCCCUCCUUUUGGGUCGAACGCCAUAGCUUGGGCAAGCAACGCCCUGAGCUGCACCUCCACCACAUCCAACCCAGUGAAGAAAUCGCCGUGCGAGUUGUGGCACGGGCACCCUCCCCCGCCGCGGGCGACGAACCCGUUCCUCCAACCUGCCGUAUACAAGGUCAAGCGCACGCACAAGUCCGAGCCGAAAGCCCAAAAGUGUUUUUACCUCGGCCCGGGAAUCAAUACCAACCGUGAUUGCGUGCGCAUCUUGAACGAAAAACGCCAAGCGAUCACAACUCGCAACUCCACCUGGCAAUCCGUACCCGCUGCCCCCACCGCCCUGCCCCAGUCGCUGCCUCCCAUCGCUGAGGAGGAAGAGGAAUUCGCGACUGGGGAGGAUGAGGUUGGGGAGGGCGCGUCGAGCCAAGGUGGAGGGAGGGCGGAGGGAGAACCUGUGGAUGGAGGACCAAGUUUCAACCUUGAGACGACGGCAGUACCGGGGCCUGCGGGGCUGCCCGCGCGGGUAGCGCCGGCGGCGCCGCCGGCUGCGCCCCAGGAGCCGGGUGCGGGUGAUGCUAGCGAUGGCGCCCCCUCGAGCAGGGAGGGCGCGAGGGUCGCCCCAUCUACCACGUCGGCCGGCAUGGCCGAUGUGGGCGGCGGCGAGGACGACCGCCGCAGUAGCAGCCGCCGCGAUAGCGGCGGCAGCGGCAGCGACAGCGGCAGCGACAGCGGCAGCAAUAGCAGCGGCAGCAGCGGCAGCAGCGGCAGCGGCAGCGGUAGCGGUAGCGACAGCGAGACGGAUCUCCCGGCGCUCCGUGGGCCAGAGGCCCGGCGGCUCGCCCGCUUCGACAAGCCGGCGGAACUCACGCGCCGCCUCACCAGGGAGAACCCUCGCCGAAAUCCGAGGUACGAGUCGCCCCCGUUGCCGACAAGUACCGAAGCCCUGCUCGCCUCGGCGGCGAGCCUGCCCGUCAGCAGCACGGAGAAGUUCACCAGUUGGAUGCUCUCGGCGGUACUUCACGUGGCGGAAGGGCUAGAGGCUAGGGCGGCGCGAGAGUUGCUGUUCGAGCGCGCGGAGGAGGCCCACGCUGCGCGCCAAGAGGCGGAGGACUUCCUGCUGGGUGCGGUGGACCUCAUGCUCAACUCGCCAGACGCCUUCGAGACGGCUCUGGCGUCCCACGAGCUAAGUGAAUCCCCCAUUGGCAAUCGUCCGAGUGGUGUAGAAUCCCCCCCCAUGACCGGAGCCGGCGUUGCCAAACGGCGCGCCAGAGGUGUGAGCCCAAAGUGGUGCUUUAGUUGGAAGACCAACAAGGAAGGGAAGAUAGACAAGUUCAAAGCGCGUCUGGUUGCUAGGGGGUUUUCGCAAAUCCCGAACGUCGAUUAUUUCCAUUCGUCUUCCCCUUGCCCAUCAUCCGCAUCCACAAAACUAAUGCUUGCGGUAGAAAACGAGAAGGGCAUGAGCCUCAUUUACUGGGAUGCGAAGCAGGCGUACACACACGCCACGCUAGACGAGGAGGUUUUUCUGAGGCUCCCCGCUGGGUGCGGGGACCAAUCGCAUAAGAUCGUCAAGGCUGAGCGUGCGAUUUACGGUCUGAAGCAGAGCGGUAGGCAGUGGGGGUACCACGCUGCUGAUACGCUAGUCGAGAACAAGUUCGAGCAGUGCAAGGCGGACCCGUUUGUUUUCCGCAAGAUGAUAGACAAAGUCGUGGUGAUGAUUAUCGUGAUCUACGUGGAUGACAUUUUGGUGGCUGGGUCUGACGAGGAUUGCGAGAUGUUGCUUGCUUCUCUCAACAUGGUGAAACACUUGGAUGUACAGUCGACCUCCCGCAUCCCUGCUUCCCCUGGUGUCGACCUAGGACCGAAGCAAGAUGACGAGAAGGGAGGGGAGUGGCCGGUGAGGGAGGCCACCGGCAGCAUGAUGUGGGUGUCAACGUUCUCGCGUCCAGGCGCCUCGUUCGCCGUGCGUGCGGUAGCGCGCCACGCCCACGCCCCGGCGAAGAGGCACUGGGAUGCCAUACAGAAGAUUCUCGGCUACUUGAAAGGGACGAGGGACCUCGGCAUCACUUACCAACGGGGAUCGGGGUUAGGGCUUGCCAUGUACGUAGACGCUAGCUACGCCGACACGGAGGACAAGCGUUCGGUGUCAAGGUUGGCGACGACGGUUGGAGGUCGCACGAAACACAUCGACAUGAGGUUCCAUUUCAUCCGCGGAAUGUUUAGGCUGAGAGAUAUUUCGGUCAAGUUUGUUCCGACAACGGAGCAACACGCGGACCUCCUCACCAAGGCCCUUAGCAGGGCCAGUCUGCAGUACCACCGGCGCAAGUUGAUGAAUUUGCCGGAGUAG